GUGAUUUACAUGUGAUUUAUACACUAGUUCAAAAUGACGACCAGUUUGUUUGGCCGUGCGAAGAAGUGCUAUUGCUAUCUUAUCUGUGAUUGACACCCCACGUACGCACAAAACACCACGUCGGAGAUGGCGGCGAGAGAGGUGAAACUCGGGACAAGGACAGUACAGUUUCCAUCAACGUAUCUGCAAGAGUUGCAAGAUUGCAAUGAUAAACUUGAUGAUGUGGACGCUCUGCACAAGGAACUCGAUGAUAAAGGGUAUCUGUUCAUCCGUGGUCUCCAUGAUCGGGAAGAGGUUCUGGCGGCACGCCUGGCAGUCCUACAGUACUUAAAGGACCAGGGGGAGGGGAUCCUCCACCCCUCGGAGCCAGUGGAGAAGGGGGUCCUCCAGCAAGGCUGUGGGGUAGGGUGUGUACCCACAAUGGAGGGCGUCCCGAGUAUCACCCACCGAGAUCCUGUCAAAGCAGUCAUUGAAGGUCCUAGACCUUUCAGUUUCUUCAAGAAGUUCUUUGGUAAAGAUGUUACAACACUGGACUUCAAGUGGUUACGGGCUGUUCCCACCGAUGCCUUCACCGGGGUCCAUGUGGACAGUGUGUAUAUGAGUCGUGGCUCCCAGUCCCUCCUGACCAUGUGGACUCCAGUGGGGGAUAUCAGCAUUGAGAUGGGUGUCCUGGCCAUGUGUGAGGGAUCACAUCAACUACCUGGGUUUGCUCAAUUCCAAAACACAUAUGGCAAUCUUGACGCAGAGGAAGCAAGGCUCAAAGGCACUGGGUGGUUUACAACAGAUCCUUUUGAAAUAACAGACAAAUUUGGAGGCCAAUGGAAAACCACAGACUUUAAGGCGGGUGACGUCAUGGUAUUUGGAAUGAGGACGGUGCACAUGUCUACCUGCAACCUGACGAACCUUGCCCGCAUCAGCUGUGAUACACGAUGGCAGCCAUCCGAUGAGCCAGCAGACAGUCGCUACAUGGAGGGCAGUGAAGGACCAGAGUUAGCAUUUGGUCUCCAUGCGAAGGACGAGAGCUCUGCCAGCGAGACCACCAUGGAAUCACUCCGACUCAGAUGGGGGCUGUGAGAAAGGCUCAUCUUCAAAGUUUUCUCUGUUUCAGACAAUAUUUAGAAAAUAUAAAGCUAAUUGAAGUGCUGUAAUUACUCAGAUCUUUCAACCCUUGUGGGUAAAAUCAACCAUUAUGUAUGUAAUAUGUACUUGUACUUUGUACAUGUUGUAAGAUAUUUACUGGAAAUGAACUAGUUUCAGGAAAGAUGUACAUGUGGAUAAAUAGAAGGGAUCACAAGAAUGGAACAAUCAGUGGUCGUGACGUGUAUGUAUAAUACUUGUCAUAAGAGGCGACUAACGGGAUCGGGUGGUCAGGCUCGCUGACUUGGUUGAUGUGUGUCAUCGAUCCCAAUUGCGUGGAUCCAUGCUCAUGAUUCACUGGAUUGUCUGGUCCAGACACAAUUAUUUACAGACCGCCAUCAUAUAGCUGGAAUAUUGCUGAGUGCGGUGUUUACCAACAAACCAACCAACCAACCAACAGUUAUGUAAAAGACUGUUCAUGAUUGUGACCCCUUUGGACCCGGACAACUACGGUACCUGACUUUGUUGUUAUUGUUUCAACUUGUAAGCCACAUAACCAUAACACAGUACUUGCUUGUUCAAGACCAGAGCUGAGGCAGUCUAGACUGGAGUUAGGACUCCUUCUUGAAAUUAUUCUCUAGGGUCUGGGAGACAGACUUUGGUUGUUCCUGUAAUUGUAAAACCCUCAAGAAGUGAGCUUUGGUCUUCCGUUUGGUCAUACAGAGUCAUGGGGUCGCCUCGUGGUUACAUCAUUGCAUCUUACAGUAAACGCCAGAGUUUCACAUGUUUCAUAUGAGCUGUUCUGUCUGAGUUUCGUGUUAUCAUGUUUUAUCUGGCCAAAAAUGUGAGAUCAUGGCAAUCUUUGAUUCAACAUAGUCUUUGGCUGUGCUUUAAGUAAUCUAAAGGCUCAAUGCUUCCAUUUGAGUUUUAAUACAAGACAAAGACGGUUUGCUGGAUGGAUGGAUUAUCUACUGAGCUGUGGCUGAAGCGUUUAAAUAUUGUUAAAAUAGAAAUAAAGGUGGGUCUUUUAUGCCAAUUCUAUCACCAGCAGGGGAAUCAUGGUAAUUGUUACUUAUAUGACCAACACACUACUUAAUGUGCUCAAGAAGAAAGUAAUUCAAUGGCACAACGAGGAUUAUCCCCCGUCAUGAAGAGGAAGGGGAUAUAGGAACGGAGUUCAUCCGUCCUUCCGCUUCUCAAAGGGGACAAAGUUUCUAAAAACUAUUUCAGUCAGAGAAAAGCAAUUUUACACUCCGAUGUUACUGGUCAUGAUUCAAUAAUCGGUGUAAGUUCCAUUUUUGCAGAGUAAUGGCCUUUGCUCAGUUUGCUAUUCAACUUAGUGCACACUGCGUCAAAUGUUUUCUCAGAAACUACUGAAAUUACAUGAAUGAAAGUUUGCAUGCUUAUAUAAGAGAUACAUGUCAAGAUUAAAUUUGAAAUUGGUUCCAUAAUUAGUUUUUUUACAGAGUUAUGGCCCUUGCUCCAUGCUUUUUUACUUUGCCCAUGGUGUCUGCAAUGGGGGCAACUUUUCUCAGUGACUUACGUUAGAUGAACGAGUUAGUGAACUGUGUGUAUCUGCAAUGGGGACAUUUCUCAGAAACUUCUGAAGUUUCAUGAAUGACAGUUUGCAUGCUUAUCUAUGAGAUACUUGUCAAGACUGUUUGAAAAUUGUGUGUAUCAAUUUCACAUUUAAUAAUUGUUUCUGAUGACAUAAAACAACCAGAGUGUCCAUCUCUUCUUACUGUUUAAUAGGACUCUCUUUUUUAUAGUUCAUAUUCAGUACUAUAUGAACAAAAUAAUUCUAAUGUGCCCCAUGGCGAGGGAUAGUGAUAAUGCUGUUUUCUUGUUUUUACAUGUUUUUCUCAUAACUGGGUUACUAAACAUAUUUUGCUGUCCUGAGUUAAAUGUACCAUAAAACAGGAACUUGUUUCCAUUGUCGCUGUGCACGGACAAUUCUUCUGUAGUUGUGGAUACAUUCAGUUAAGACAGUUGGGGCAUUAUAAAGCCAUAUCCUGAACACAAAGACUGUAAACACUGCAUCCAAGUCCUUGAUUGUGUCCACAUGCUACUGAGCUAUUCAAUCAUCUCUUUAAGAUUUGGGUACAAAAUAUAUGAGGCUGUUUGUUAUUCUGCUAAUAAAGGUACCUGCUGCAAUGAGCAGGUUGGUUUUAGCGCCACUUUAUGCAGCAUUUCAGUGACAUCACAGCAUGGCGGCUUGAAAUGGAUGGAAAGCCCAAAGUGAUGCAGACCUUACAUUUACCACUUUGGUGAAACCCAUGAGCACAGACGUCGUGCUGACAAACCUAGCAACAUAACCUCGGGAGACUGGGAUUCGAACCCAUUAUCUUAUGGUUCUUGCUGACCUUGGGGACACAACUCUGCACAGUGAGUGCCGGCACCUUUUCAUCUACCACAUUGAGAGCAUGAGCUGGGGAUCUUCAUAUGUCUUUUGACUGAUAUUUUGAAUUGAGUUAAUACAUUACACUUCAGGUCAUAAUUGUUAGAUGGGUUUUUUCAUGUAUUUUAGUAGUAAUUGGCAGUGAUUUAUAAAUUAUCAAUUUAAUGUACCUGUAAAUGCUUGGUUUUUACAAUUAUUUGUGCUUGGAUUUCCUUCAUUUAGUUGGGUUGUUUUCAUUGGAGCAAAAUGCCUCACACAUCCAUUUGAUGUAUUUUUACAUGUAUGUUUAGACCCUAUGCAUCUUCUCUCUUGCUAUCAGUCUUUGAUGUCAGCACAUUAUUAUCCUACUCUGACUAUUCACUCUUUUUCAGUAACUCCAGUGUCAGUGUAUUUCUGGCUGGCGACCCUAUAUUUUACAACUGCUAAGUGGUAUGAAUGGUCUCAAGUGUCUUUCGUAAGUUUAGUAAAACAAAAUGUAAUUAUUAUUUUGAACUUUUAUAUAUAAAUUUGUGUAAAUACAGGUUUUGAAAAAUUCCCAUAAAUUAUUCUUAU